AUGACAAUAAAGUUGUUGGAGAGGUGGAAACAUCGGUCCCAUGCUCCGCCUUCAAAUACCAUUCGCAAAUCAAAGUCUCGCGAGUUGCUCAAUAAGGUUCUCGGCCACAAAUCCCCUGCUCAACAUAGCCAUAAACCGUCACCAGAUUCUGUGCAAAUUGACCAACCCAAGCUCAAGACCAUCACUGAACAAAGUAUCCAUUCUGUAGCACUGGCAUGCUCCAGCGAUAUCUCAUCGAUCAUUUCUCCAUACCAAGAACAUCAACCAACUGAUUCCACCAUAAAUGGAUUUGCAAUUGUUCUGACACCACCUCAAGAACAGCCGUCUAUCAGCGAGCCUCCACAUAUACCUGCCGCCACCAUAUAUGCCGAGGAUAUCGAUAAUCUUUCAUUUUUGCAUGAUACUGUCGAUGGAGUGUCUCACAGUACUGCCCGCAACUCGCUACAAAAUGUGUCAUUUCAGCCGGAGGAACUGACCGAUGUUGGCUCGCUCACAAAUGCCAAAAUCCAGGUGUUUAAACCUCACCGCAGUUCUCGAAGGAGCCUCAAACUCGUAUCGCCAGCUGCAACUGCUCCGUCCAUCGGAGAAGUGGACAUAGUACAGCCAAUUGUUCCAGAACAGCCAUUAGCUGCUGUCUUCGAGAACCAGAGUCCAAUAAUACGAUCGCCACUUUUAGGAAGUGAUACUGACGAAUCUACAACCAGCGAUCUCUACCGACACGAAAUGGUCGAGCUCGUUAAUAGCAACCGAGCUCUUCUUGAGAAAAAAGAGCGAGAAAUUGCGGUGUUGAGAGAACUUCUACAACAAGAAAGACGAAUAAACUCGUAUCUCUCGUCGCCGCAACAAAAGCAUAAACCACAACCAUCAUCUGGACGCAAAUUCCGCCCCAGAUUCAUUCCCUUGGACAUUAGCAUUACCAAUUCUGAACCCUCAGAGCCACACACGAAACCUUCUGCCCUUAUGGAACCGUUUGACCCACGGCCGUUCGAGAUCACACCCAGACUGGCAGAAUCGCCAAAACAAAUGGAUAAUACAACUCCAAAAAGCCGAAUGUCUACGACCUCUUCAAUUUACUUCUCUGCAUCGGAAGAUACCAUACCUAAUAUCUCGACACCCGAACUAUCAAUCGUACAAGAGAUGAACAGCAUGGAAAUAACCAGCAAGAAUUCAGUUCUGGAACUUCGAAGUUCUGAUAAUACUUAUACCCUUUCGGCCGAGUCGCUUGGGUUCCAAAGAAAGGAAUCAAACAGCACAAUGGCAUCAGAUUUACUAGAAAUUAGUCUUUCGAUCAAAAAUUAA